CAAACUUUGGACGCGAACUAUUCUCCUGUACAGCUCUGCACUCAUCUUGCAUCUGAGAUUCUGCAUUGUCGCGUGUUUAAUUUCCUAUCAGCGCAGAGACGAAAAGUUGAGAAGCGCGCCCAAGUCUGCACAAUGCUCGCGCGAAGAGCUCUUCCACGCCUCCAGCAACCCUUCCGACGGUAUGCGAGACGCCCAUAUUCGACGACGGAGCUCAGCAAUGGCAUCAAGAUGACCUACGACCUGUACGAGCCCGAGCAACAAGCCCAGGGUGGCCCAAUCAUCUUCGUCCACGGUCUCUUCGGCUCCAAGAGAAAUCACAGGAGCAUGAGUAAAGUCCUCGUCCGCGACCUGAAGCGACCAGUCUACGCCGUGGACACUCGCAACCAUGGCGACUCCUCUCACGAUCCAAAGCACGACUACACAGCCCUGGCCGAAGACAUAGAACUCUUCCUCCAACACCACAAAUUGCAGGACACAUGUUUGAUUGGGCACUCAAUGGGCGCAAAAGCAGUCAUGGCAGUCGCUUUGCGCAAGCAAGUCAAGAUCGGAUCUCUCAUCCCCGUGGACAACGCACCGGUAGACGCGGCACUCAAGAGCGACUUUGGCAAAUACAUUGUCGGGAUGCGAAAGAUUGAAGAAUCCUCUGUCAAGACGAUGAAGGAAGCGGACAAGAUAUUGCAAGGUUACGAGGAGUCUUUGCCUAUACGACAGUUCCUCCUCACGAACCUUGUGAAGGGCCAGGAUGGUACGCAGAAAUUCAAGGUUCCGCUCAAGUUUUUGACUCCUGCACUGCAUGGAUUGGGAGACUUUCCAUUCAAGAACCCGGAUGAGACGAGAUUCGAAGGCCCAACGUUGAUCGUGCGGGGGACAAAGAGUCACUAUGUUAGCGAUGAGACACUGCCGAUUUGCGGGAGGUUCUUUCCAAAUUUCGAAAGAGCGGAUAUCGAUGCUGGGCAUUGGGUGAUCAGCGAGAAGCCGGAGGAAUUCAGACAAGCUGUCGUGGAGUUCCUCACCAAGCACCAAGAUUGAACACAGUGCGCGACAAUGCUGUAGAAUCGCGGUCAGUGUAAAAUGCGGUCAAUGCUGUGCGUUGAUCUGGACUGGAUUGGACUGGGGUUCAACAAGUGCCCGCAGGCGACUAUCCACGACACACAGUCAUCCAGACAUCAUCCCGCAAAGCCCCCACACAUCGGCAUGCCUAUAUACGCUCUGCAAUCGUCCGCCGCUUUCAAGACUGCAGACUGCGCGGCAGCUGCCACACGAUCGUGUUCGGUAUGCUUGGCCACCAUCUCUGCGCCCGCGCAAGGCGUCGACAAAGACGUGCGGCUGUGACCUUCGCAAGCAAGCACCGGCGCAAGAAGCAACAAUCUGACCGAACAUAUGUGAUGCUGUUGUUAUCAGCUCCUUGUUGCCGUAGGGAUCCGCGGAAAA